UUCAGACUGGCAGCGGGCAGGUGAGGGGCACAAGGAAGCCAGGGACGGAGGGAGUGAGCAAAAGUCGCUGGGCUCCCUCUGGAUUGCAAGGCUUCCCCGUCUCCCUGCCUGCCCUGGGGUUGAGGGUGGAGUUCGCGCCCUGCCUGGCACCUUCACUGCACAGUACAUGGGAUCUGGUGCUGGCGUCUAGCUGGGAUUCCCUUGUUACCAAAUCUUGAGCCUCAUUUCUUUAAAACUUUGGUGUGCUGGGCACAGUGGCUCACACCUGUAAUCCCAGCACUUUGGGAGGCUAAGGCAGGGGGAUCGCCUGAGCUCAGAAGUUCCCGACCAGUCUAGUCAAUAUGGUGAAACCCCAUCUCUACUAAAAAUACAAAAAUUAGCCGGGUGUGGUGGCAGGUGCCUCUAGUCCCAGCUACUCGGGAGGCUGAGGCAGGAGAAUCCUUGAACCCGGGAGACGAAGUUGCAGUGAGCUGAGAUCGCACCAUUGCACUCCAGCCUGGGCGACAGAGCGAGACUCUGUCUCAAAAAAUCAAAAAAUAAAACAAAAAAGAACUUUGGGGUUUCUGGCUGGGUGCAGUGGCUCAUGCCUAUAAUUCCAGCACUUUGGGAGGUUGAGGCAGGCGGAUCACUUGAGGUCAGGAGUUUGAGACCAGCCUGGCCAACAUGGCAAAACCUGGUCUCUACUAAAAAUACAAAAAUUAGCCGGGCGUGGGGCACGCCUGUAAUCCCAGCUAUUCAGAAGGCUGAGGCAGGAGAAUCCCUUGAACCUGGGAGGUGGAGGUUGCAGUGAGCUGAGAUGGUGCCACUGCACUGCAGCCUGGGUGAUAGAGCAAGACUCUGUCUCAAAAAUGAACAAACAAAACCAACAAAAACGUUGGGUUUUUUUAUCCAUAUAUCAUCCCAAUCUUCGGGAUUUAUCUUUGGAAUAACUGCAAGAGACCAAGCAUUAAGUUAAUGACUUCUAUAUGCCAUGUCCUGUUCUGAGCAUUUAUUAUCUUAAUGAUCAAGGACCCUAUGAAGUUGAUACUAUUAGGAUUAUUAUUAUGACUAUUAUUGUUGUUAUUUUUAGAGACAGGGUCUUUGUCACCCAGGCUGGAGUGCAGUGGCAUGAUCAUAGCUUGCUGUAACCUUGAACUCCUGGGUUCAAGCGAUCCUCCUGCCUCAGCCUCCGAGUAGCUAGGAAUACAAAUGUGUGCUACCAUGCCCAGCUAAUUUUUAUUUUACUUUUGUAGAGAUGGGGUCUCACUAUGUUGCCCAGGCUGGUCUUGAACUCCUGGACUCAAGCAGUCCUCCUGCUUCAGCUUCCCAAAUUGCUGGGAUUGUAGAGUCUCCCUCUGUCGUCCAGGCUGGAGUGCAGUGGCGUGACCUCGGCUCUCUGCACUCUCCACCACUCAGGUUCAAGUGAUUCUCCUGCCUCAGCCUCCAAGUAGCUGGGAUUAUAGGCACCUGCCACCAUGCCUGGCUAAUUUUUGUAUUUUUAGUAGAGACUGGGAUUUUGCCAGACUGGUCUCGAACUCCUGCCCUCAGAUGAUCCACCCACCUCGGCCAACCAAAGUGCUGGGAUUACAGGCAUGAGCCACUGCACCCAGCUGAUACUACUAUAUCCCCAUUUUACAGAUGAGCACAUGGGCAAAUUGAGGCUCUUCUCACAGGACCAGCCACUAGCGCAGCCUCGAGAGAUGGCCUACGUCCCCGCACCGGGCUACCAGCCCACCUACAACCCGACGCUGCCUUACUACCAGCCCAUCCCGGGCGGGCUCAACGUGGGAAUGUCUGUUUACAUCCAAGGAGUGGCCAGCGAGCACAUGAAGCGGUUCUUCGUGAACUUUGUGGUUGGGCAGGAUCCGGGCUCAGACAUCGCCUUCCACUUCAAUCCACGGUUUGACGGCUGGGACAAGGUGGUCUUCAACACGUUGCAGGGUGGGAAGUGGGGCAGCGAGGAGAGGAAGAGGAACAUGCCCUUCAAAAAGGGCGCCGCCUUCGAGCUGGUCUUCAUAGUCCUGGCUGAGCACUACAAGGUGGUGGUAAAUGGAAAUCCCUUCUAUGAGUACGGGCACCGGCUUCCCCUUCAGAUGGUCACCCACCUGCAAGUGGAUGGGGAUCUGCAACUUCAAUCAAUCAACUUCAUCGGAGGCCAGCCCCCCCGGCCCCAGGGACCCCCGAUGAUGCCACCUUACCCUGGUCCCGGACAUUGCCAUCAACAGCUGAACAGCCUGCCCACCAUGGAAGGACCCCCAACCUUCAACCCGCCUGUGCCAUAUUUCGGGAGGCUGCAAGGAGGGCUCACAGCUCGAAGAACCAUCAUCAUCAAGGGCUAUGUGCCCCCCACAGGCAAGAGCUUUGCCAUCAACUUCAAGGUGGGCUCCUCAGGGGACAUAGCUCUGCACAUUAAUCCCCGCAUGAGCAACGGUACCGUGGUCCGGAACAGCCUUCUGAAUGGCUCGUGGGGAUCCGAGGAGAAGAAGAUCACCCACAACCCAUUUGGUCCCGGACAGUUCUUUGAUCUGUCCAUUCGCUGUGGCUUGGAUCGCUUCAAGGUUUUCGCCAAUGGCCAGCACCUCUUUGACUUCACCCAUCGCCUCUCGGCCUUCCAGAGGGUGGACACGGUGGAAAUCCAGGGUGAUGUCACCUUGUCCUAUGUCCAGAUCUAAUCUAUUCCUGGGGCCAUAACUCAUGGGAAAACAGAAUGAUCCCCUAGGACUCCUUUCUAAGCCCCUAAUAAAAUGUC